CUGACUGUAGGGUCUGCUUGUGGAUCUAUUCACGACCUGUUCGCGAAAAUACAGGCUAUCGACGCGAAACAUGGCAAAUUCGAUCUUGUAUUGUGCACAGGAGACUUCUUUGGUCCGGCGACAGAUGAAGAGGAGGAUAAUAUGGGAGAUGUAGCGCAACUGUUGAGUGGGAACUUGAAAGCACCGCUGCCGUGUUAUGUUAUGCAGGGCGAGCAUCCUUUGCCUCAGUCAGUCAUCGACAAGUUCUCGAAAACAAGUGGGGAGCUCUGCGCGAAUGUAUUUUUGCUGAGCAAGUCUGCAAUCUUCACCACCGCAGAAGGGUUGCGCAUAGCUUGCCUUGGAGGAUCCUACGAGUCAAAAAUAUACGAGGCAUCCGAACUACCUCAUGUAUGUCUAGGAUUCUCCUCACCGUACUUCUCUUCUCAAACUGUCUCAAAACUUCUCUCUAACUCCCUCUCGACCUCGGUGCCCAAGGGAUCCUCUCUCGCAUCCAUCAUGUCUACCAGUAGCUCCUCCCUAGUCGACAUCCUGAUAACCCACUCUUGGCCAUCUUGUAUCGCUGCCCUUUCCUCUGCCCCUUUUCCGGUACCUGAAUUGGACAAGAUUGGCGCGCCCCCUGUAGACGAAAUAGUCCGGAAGACAAAGCCAAGGUACAUUCUGACCAGCGGAGGGAAACCGCCGUGUUUCUGGGAAAGAGAGCCUUUUGUAUGGGAUGAUGAAGCUGGAAGGGUUUCGAGGUUUGUCAGUCUUGGUUCGUUCGGCGGAGAGACAAGUGGGGGCAAGAAGCAGCGGUGGUUCUACGCGUUUUCGAUCGCCACGCAAUCUCCUACAGCGCCAGCACCAGCGCGGCCGGCAAAUGCCACAGCAAAUCCGUUUACAGACAUGUCUGCUCGGCUGCACAAGCGUCAGCUGGAAAAUGAAGGCGAGAACUUCAGGUGGGGGGGUGAACAGGGAAAACCUCCUGCUGGUUACAAGUGCAAGCGCUGUGACGCUACAGACCAUUUCAUCAACGACUGUCCAGAGCGGACCAAACCACCCGAAGGGUACGUGUGUAAGAUAUGUAACAAUGAAGGUCAUCUUGUUCGCGAUUGCCCAACACGGCAUGCUGUAGGUGACACAGGCGGACGUAAGCCGCGUGAGGGAUACGUCUGUCGAGCCUGUGGGAGUGAACUACACUACAUCGACGACUGCCCUGUUAUCCAUGAACGCCGAUCGGGCCCUCAAAAUGAUCGCCACGGCAGUGGAAAUCGUGGUCGCGGUCCGCCCAGGGAGAUUGGACCGGGCGAAUGCUGGUUCUGCCUAUCGAACCCGAGUCUGGCAAAACAUUUGAUCGUGGCCAUCGGCGGAGAGUGCUAUCUGACGCUGCCGAAGGGGCAAUUGAUUCCGACGCAUGAUGUCGAGAAGUACAAGGGCAAAGGCAUCGAAAUUCCAGGCAUUCCAGGCGGUGGCCAUGUGUUGAUCGUACCGAUCGCUCAUUUUGCGACAUUGAGCUCGAUUCCUGAUGAGUUAAGAGACUCAGUCAUCCAAGAAGUAGAUCAAUACAAAACUGCUCUCCGUGCUUUCUACGCCAAGCAUGGCGCCACCCCAGUAUUUUUCGAAGUUGGUCGUCUAUCGGCAAAGGGCGGACAUUCGCAUAUUCAAGUCAUCCCAGUUCCUUUGUCCCUCAAGGACAGGGUUGAAUCUGCCUUCGUCGAUGAGGGUAAAGCUCACGGCAUCGAGUUUGACAUCGAGGAAGCCGGCGCAAAAGUGCCUGGACAAGAUGCAGGAAGUUAUUUCCGUGUGGAAUUUCCAAAUGCAAGUAGACGAGUACAUUGGAUGAGGGACGGGUUGCCAUUUAGCGUGCAAUUUGGCCGACAGGUCCUAUCUUCGCUACUGAAGCUUGAGGAUAGAAUGGACUGGAAGGCAUGUGUGCAGGCAGAAGAAGAAGACAAGGCCGAUGUACAGGCCUUCAAGGCCGCGUUUGCACCAUUUGAUUUCACGACAUGA